AUCUGCUUGGGUUUGGGCAAGUUCAGCGAGUGCAUGAUCUCUAGGUACCAAUUUGCAUUGUUGUUAUGUUUGCAAGAGUUAUUUAAUUGUCCAGUACAUGCAUAUGAUCCUGCAUUCACGGAGAAUGAGACAUCAUUGCUUGAGGAAUUUAAAUUUAGUAAUAUCGAUGAGAACAAUGAAGGGAAGUAUAGUACAGAUGCAAAGACCACCUUUUUUUACCUCCCUCACUGUCCUAAACAAUUGAGCAAUAAUCUGCUUUGGGCCAAUUGGGGAUUAUCACUGAACAAUUGCAUAAUUGUCGCAAACAGCUUUAACAAGAUCCUGGAGACACAUAUGAAAAGAGUGUUAAUGGAGAGUGCAAAUUAUGUUAUGAAAAUAUCACCUUACAUGGUGGAGUUAGCUAUUAUAAAUUCCUUCAAGUAUUAUGAUAUGUUCAACGAUACAAGUUUGCACAUCUUUCCAAUAGACAAACUGCAGUUGGUGUCUUCAGAGUUUUGGAGUGACAAGGAGGAGCCCAAGUACAUAUCGGACGUUGAAUAUAUCGUUAAGAAAAUGCAAGAAUUAUAGUAUUUUAUAAUAAAUAAACAAGUUUUUCUUUUAAAAUAUUUAA